AUGAAUAGUGAGAAAAGAAAUGCACGUGGCCGAGGACGUGGUCGGGGAAGAGGCAGAGGCCGUGGUCGUGGCCGCGGGCGAGGCAAAAAAGUACCAAAGGUUAUGUCUUCUGAUGAAGAAGAAUGUUCCAUGGAGGAAACUGCACCAGAACAAGAGGACCCGCCCCCAGAAGAGAGCAAGGAUAACGAUCAAAAUGAACCCGCCAAAUUGGAAGUCCCAUCAGAUAUAUCCCAGCUUGAAGCACCAGUAUUUACAACAAUACAGCGUGGACCCCCUGAACCCAUGCUACGUCUAGAGUGGAACCAUCGUGCAAAUCUCAUUGGAGAGAAAGUUCUUAAUCCUAUGAUUUACUGCUGCGAUACAUGUUCUAAACCUAUACUCAUAUAUGGACGAAUGAUUCCAUGUAAGCAUGUUUUUUGCUUAUCCUGUGCUAGAGCUGACCAUACUCACUGCCCGCGAUGUAGGGAAAAGGUUUUGAGGGUAGAACAAACUGGGUUGGGGACAGUAUUCAUGUGCACUCAUUCUGGAACAAGAUAUGGUAACACAGGAUGUAGGAGGACAUACUUAUCUCAGAGAGAUCUGCAAGCCCACAUAAAUCACAGGCACAUAUCGAGUGGCGUCGAGAGUAAGCCGGAGCCAGAACAGCCACCAGUGACAAUUGUAAAACCGGUCUCGGUUCCAAGCAAAGCGGGUGAUCCCAGGGCGCAUGGCGCUACACACACUCACUCUGAACGUCCGAGGGCUUCUCGAGCUAAUCUUAUAGCGGUGCCUAUUCAUGACCACCCUGAGCAUACAUAUUAUCCAUACUACCAGCAGAGUCCUCAACCGGUCCCGCCGCCGACUGUCGCGGUAUCCAACGUUCCGGUCCUAACGCAUAAUAUGACGGUUCCACCGCCCUAUUACCCUACGGCGUACACGGCACCUCCAGCUCCUUACGUUGGACCAGGUACAACCAUGACAACGAACGUGGCGCCAUCUAUGGGAACGCCAGUGCCUAUAGCACCCAGUACUCUGGGAGAGGCCCCACGGUGGCCCGACACAUAUCAACCGCCCGCGCCACAGCAGUGGGGACAGAACCACCAUUACUAUAGAUAA